GACAUUCUUCCGAGUCAUGGCCAAGAGGGUGGCCAUCGUGGGGGCUGGUGUCAGUGGCUUGGCCGCCAUAAGGUGCUGUUUGGAGGAAGGGCUGGAGCCCGUCUGCUUUGAAAGGAGCAACGAUGUCGGAGGCCUAUGGAAAUUCUCGAGCCACGCGGAGGAAGGAAGAGCCAGCAUUUACCAGUCGGUAUACACCAACUCUUCCAAAGAAAUGAUGUGUUUCCCAGACUUCCCCUAUCCCGACGACUUCCCGAACUACAUGCACCACAGCCAGCUCCAGGAAUACAUCAAGUCAUUUGCUCAGAAGAAGGGUCUGUUGAGAUAUAUACAGUUUGAGACACUGGUUUCCAGUAUAAAGAAAUGUUCUAGUUUCUUGGCCACUGGUCGAUGGGUAGUUGUUACUGAAAAGGAUGGGAAGCAAGAAUCUGAGCUCUUUGAUGCUGUAAUGAUUUGCUCAGGGCAUCAUGUGUACCCCAAUAUGCCAACUGACUCUUUUCCUGGCCUGGAGCACUUCCAAGGCAAGUGCCUGCACAGCCGGGAUUACAAGGGCCCAGUGCCUUUCCAGGGGAAGAGGGUCCUUGUGAUUGGCCUGGGGAAUUCAGCAUCUGACAUCGCUGUUGAGCUCAGUCGUCUGGCUACACAGGUCAUUAUCAGCACCAGAAGUGGCUCCUGGGUCAUGAGCCGGGUUUGGAAUGAUGGGUACCCUUGGGAUAUGGUAUACGUUACCCGCUUUGCAUCCUUCCUCCGACAAGUUCUUCCUUCAUUUGUCUCUGACUGGUUAUACAUCAAGAAGAUGAACACAUGGUUCAAGCACGAGAACUACGGCCUGAUGCCUCUAAACGGUACCCUCAGGAAGGAGCCCGUGUUCAAUGAUGAACUCCCAUCACGUAUCCUGUGUGGCGCUGUGACCAUCAAGCCCAGUGUGACAAAGUUCACGGAGACCUCUGCCGUGUUUGAGGACGGAACUGUGUUUGAGGCCAUUGACUGUGUCAUCUUCGCAACAGGCUAUGGUUAUGCGUACCCCUUCCUGGACGACUCCAUCAUCAAAAGCAGAAACAAUGAGGUCACCUUGUUCAAAGGCAUCUUCCCUCCUCAGCUGGAGAAGCCAACCAUGGCGGUGAUUGGCCUCGUCCAGUCCCUCGGCGCAGCUAUUCCCACGGCUGACCUGCAGGCUCGCUGGGCUGCUAAAGUGUUUACAAACACAUGCACCCUGCCAGCUACAAAUGAAAUGAUGGAUGACAUCGAUGAGAAAAUGGGCAAGAAGCUCAAGUGGUUUGGUCAGAGCCACACUCUGCAGACAGAUUACAUCACAUACAUGGAUGAGCUGAGCUCCUUCAUAGGAGCCAAGGCUAACAUACCGUGGCUCUUCCUCACCGAUCCCCAGCUGGCCCUCGAGGUGUACUUUGGCCCCUGUAGUCCGUACCAAUUUCGAUUGGUGGGACCAGGGAAGUGGGAUGGAGCCAGAAACGCCAUCCUGACCCAAUGGAAGCGGACGGUGAAGCCAACAAGGACUAGGGUGGUGGGUGAAGCGCAGAGGCCCCGUCACCUUUACAGCUUUCUGAGAAUGCUUUUCUUCCCAGUGCUCUUUCUGGCUGUUUUGCUCACGUUCUAUUAGUAAUAAGAGCUGUCAGGUGGCAGAGUCCCGCCUACAGCUGUAACUGAUGAGUACAACACGCAAACAGGUGCAGGCACGCAGACUCACCAAGGGCCCCUCCUUGCUUUGCUGCAGGCGUGAAAGG